AUGGCUAAAGAAGCACUUUUAUUUGGGAUUUCCUCAUUAGAGGCACAAGUAAAGGAAGCUUGGGUUUUGAAAGCCUCACAACGAUAUAGUGAUUUUUUGAGGGAUAUAAGGGAUGCAACAACAAAGCCGGAGUAUCUAAGUGAGGAGGAGUACAAGCAUUGGAAAGUUGUUUGGGAUAGACCUACAUUUAAGAAGAAACAAGAGAUAAAUUCUAAAAAUCGACGUAGUAUUGCUGGGCCAUCAUGCCAUACAGGAGGGUCAAUAUCUAAUGUUGAGCAUGGGAAGAAGCUUGAAUCUAAAUUGGGUCGAAAAGCCACUCCACAUGAGCUUUUUUUGCAUACUCAUACUAAAAAACAUGAUGGGGAAACUUUUGUAGAUCUCAAGUCAAAGACAAUCAAUGAUAAGAUGUUGACCUUGAAACAACAUGCAAUUUCUACAGAAUCUGCAUCAACAAACUCAGGACCUACUCCGAUGUAG